AAGCACAACAUUAGAUCGGCAGAAAUUGCGUACGCUUGCGUCCUUGACAUACUGCUGUCUCGCUAUUUUAAAACAGCUGCACUUGAAAGCGUUAGCCGCUGGAUGUCAACCAAGACGACUCGGAUAACAUGAAUUCUUAAUAUAUAAAUUCUCACAGUAGCCUUCGUGGAGUCUAAUAAUAUGUAAGGAUAUCGGCUGGCCGUGAGCACCGUACACGUCAUGUGUAGCGCGAGCCAAAUCAUUUGAAGUUCGCUGUACAUUUCGUUUUUUUAUUCGGCUUACGGAGACUCUGCUCUUGAUAGCUCACGUUUUUGAGAUGAUCAAUUUCUGCAAUGGCGAGGGGUCUGUUUUCACGGGCCUGGCUGUCAAAGACCUACCACUUUCAGGCUCGCCUGUCCUAUAUUCGAGUAAAGUAUCUCUUUCUCACAUGGCUUGCUGUGUUUGUGGGCAGUUGGGUUGUGUAUGUGCAGUACUCAACUUACACUGAGCUGUGCAGAGGACGCGAAUGCAAGAGCAUCAUUUGUGAAAAAUACAGCAAAGGUGUUAUUGAUGGCUCUGCCUGUAGCAGCCUGUGUGAAGAAAGCUCACUGUAUUUUGGAAGGUGCCUCUCCACCAAACCAAACAAUCAGGUCUAUACAGGCAGCUGGGGUGAUCAUGACAAUGUCAUCAAGUGUCAACUGAGUGACAUCCUGCACUAUGAGCUGGGAGAGGAGUUGGAGACAAAAAAAGAGGUUGCACUCUUUGACAAACCCACUCGAGGAACCUCUGUAGAGAAGUUCAAAGAGAUGGUUGCCAGUCAUUUGAAGUAUGUGCUUUAUAACUCUGCAGAUCUCGGCUUGCUGGAGCUUAUAGAAGACAUCUUCCAUGGUACCUUUGGGAGCUUCUUAAUGUGCGACAUGAGAGCCAGUACUUUUGGUUACACCGAUCGCCAUGACCUCAGGCUGGUGGACGGGCGGCGCGUAGUAGCUGAGGAGGCCUUCAAACAGGCCAUGAUCCUUCAGCAUUGCGAGGACGACGAGGACUGCGUCUACGGUGUGGACUGUAGGACUUUGUGCAACCGCGCAGAACACCGCUGCACGGCCGAGGUGGCUCAGCCCAACCUGGCCAGGGCUUGCGGAGCACUGAAGGAUUACCUCCUACGAGGAGCUCCGGUCCAUCUACAGGAAGAGCUGGAGAAGCAGCUGUACGCCUGCAUGGCUCUCAAAGGUUCAGCCGAGCAGAUGGAAAUGGAGCACUCGCUCAUUCUCAAUAACCUCAAGACACUGCUAUGGAAACAGAUCUCACACACCAAUGACUCCUGAAGAGAAAUGAAGACGCACUGGUGACAACAUUCAGAUUCUUGAAUGUCUUCUGAAGCACUUCAGGCCAUUGUAAAUCUGGCUGGAGAUUAAAAUGCUGGUAGCAACGCGGCUGGAAAAUAUGAUGAUGGCAAUAUUCACUGCUGCUUUGAUACGUUUUAAGUUUUUUCACGACAAAGGUAGAAUUAAAACCAUGAGGAGGUCUUAAGGAGUAACGUUCACUUCUUAGUUUCGUGUUUUUUUUUGUUUUGUUUUCACACACAAUUGAUCAGUUGUCAUGUUUAUUUUACACUUCCUUCAGAUGUUAUGAAGGAGCAAAUGACCCUUAAUUUUGCAUCCAUUGUUGGAUGUUAACAUAGAAAGCUAAGGAAUGCACUAGCCACUGACUGUGGUUGUGUAAGUCUCCUAUUGUAAUGUUUGUCACAAGAGCACAGCAAAAAGAGCCAUAAAAGAGCCAUUUUGAAAUGGACAUAAUAAUCAAAUACCUUGAUAUGCAUGUUGCCAGUGAGUGUGCAUUUUUUAGUUCGAUU